AUGGAAACGAGCGUGCCGAAGAGAAGAGAAAACAAGAAGCCGCUCCGCGUGAAGGUAAUAAGUCUCGGGAAUGCUGAAGUCGGGAAGAGUUGCAUCAUUAAACGUUACUGUGAGAAGAGGUUUGUUCCCAAGUACUUGGCCACUAUCGGUAUUGAUUACGGCGUCACCAAGGUGCAAGUACGCGACAGAGAAAUCAAAGUCAAUAUCUUCGACAUGGCUGGCCAUCCAUUCUUUUACGAAGUGCGAAAUGAAUUCUACAAGGACAGCCAGGGUGUGCUGCUGGUGUACGAUGUCGGUCUCCGGGAGAGUUUCGACGCCCUGGACAGCUGGCUGGGUGAGAUGAAACAGGAAAUGGGCUCUCAAGCUAACAUGGACAGCAUCGUGUUCGUGGUCUGUGCAAACAAGGUGGACCUGUCGAAACGGCGAGUGGUGGACGAGGGGGAGGGUCGUCUGUGGGCAGAGUCCCGGGGGUUUCAUUACUUUGAGACGUCAGCGCAAAGUGGAGAGGGUAUCAACGAGAUGUUCCAGGCCUUCUUUUCUUCCAUCACUGACAUGUGUGAGAACGGUGGGAAACGCCCUGUUUCCGAGGUCAGCGUAGGCUUCACCAAAGAGCAAGCUGACACGAUCAGACGUAUCAGAAACAGCAAAGACUCCUGGGAUAUGCUUGGGGUCAAACCCGGUGCCACACGGGAGGAAGUCAACAAGGCAUACAGGAAACUGGCGGUUCUUUUGCACCCAGACAAAUGCGUGGCCCCCGGUAGCGAAGAUGCAUUUAAGGCGGUUGUGAACGCACGCACCUCACUGCUGAAGAACAUCAAAUAA